CGUCAAGUUCCGCUAAGCUACAAUACAAGCAAGUCCCCACCCAGCCAAAAAAACUACAGUCGAAAUAUGAAAUACGAGCGGAAUACCAUUGUUUUCUGAUUUGGUUUCUUUCGCAAUAGGGUCAAGUGUGAGUGGCGUGGACGUCAAGAAUGUAAUCGGAUCCUGCUGUGUGCUAAUGUAUGGGAGUGUGGAUGGUGUUUUUGGGAGUGAUCGACGGCGUACGGUGUCCAAGACGAGUAUGCGCUGGGUUUUGCGUAGGGAUGCGGCGUGCAAAGACUCUGGUUGUCGUCGAUGACGGUUAAACUUGAAUGCAUUCAAGAGUCGACGGGCCCCAAAAGAAGGGGUGGAUGGGGAGUGGAUGAUAUGGUGUGCUGGAGCGAUGGUGGGCAUCGUUGAAAAUCGUCCGAAGCAAACGACGGGAAUUGGCUACUUGUGCGCAAAAGAAAGGAUCGUCAGGGGUUGCUUCGCGUGACGAUGUGCUUACGUGAGCCAUUUGAUAACUUAUCCAAAUUAUUGUACUAAGCCACUAAAGCAGCUGCGGUAAGCAGACACCACCUCCACCCCCGCCCCCUUCUCCACCUUCUCGAAGUACUUGGCAUGUGGGAAUGUGGUUAGGCGUGUGAGCGCAAGACUUGUAAAGUAGAGCAUAGAUAUUCCGUGCAGUUAUUUAUAUCCUAUUAAGAGAAGAGCGUCUACGAAAUGUCACCUCAUGAGAACAGUUUGGACCUUGACAUGCUGGAGGAACAGCUUCGGCGAACCACCAUUCGAGAUCCGGGCAUCCUGGAUUUGCCUCCUGAGAUCCUCCUCGAGUCGCUCAAAUAUCUCGAUGUGCAGAAUAGGGCCAAGAUCCGCCUCAUCUCUAGAUUUUUUGAGGGACUUUUCUGGACUCCCACCAUGUGGCACAUCUUUGAUCCGCACGGAAACCGCCGCGUGACAAAAGAUGACGAUUCAUCAGUGUUGCGGACGUUUACGCAUAAACUUCUUCAAGAGUGUAGUGCCUCUAUAAAGACUUUUAGAUACAGUGGGCUGCAUUCGGACAGUUUGGCCUACCUUUCUACAUGCCGGAAUUUGAGCGAACUUGCUCUACGAAGAAUCAAUGGUGAUGUGCUUGUGAGCGCAAUGAAGCAGCUGAGCCUUGGCGGUGCCUUUAUUAAGCUUCGCAGGCUUGAUAUCACGAUGGAGGAUUACCGGGCGACGACACUGAGUUCAGAGUCUGUCGGAUCGCUUUUGGCUUUCAUUGGAACUUCGUGCGUGAACCUGCGAGAAUUGCACUUUAUGACCAACAGUCCGAUCAACCAGCAUGGACUGUUGUCGCUUCUUGCGGGAUGCCACAACCUGGAAGCUCUGUCCCUGUCGUCCUGCCACAUGCUUCACGACGACAGUUUAAUCGCAAUCACAAAGUCUCCAUGCGCUGCUAACCUGAAAUACCUCUGCGUUUCGCAGUACCAGAAUGCCAGUGACUCUGGUCUGGCGCUCCUCGGAGAAGGUUGCCCCAAUCUCAAAGUAUUCCUUAUCCACUACGGCCUGAGCAUCACCAAUUCGGGUAUUCGAGCUUUAGCAGAGGCAUGCCAAAACAUUGAGUGGAUCAAAAUCAUUGGAUGUCGAAACGUGACGCUCGGCGUCUUGGAUGAACAAGGUUUUGAAAACCACAUGGACUGUCCUAUCGUAUACCAUCCCGAAUGGCCCGUUGGACUCGGAUUUGCUUACAAAAAGAUGAAUAGGGUAGUGUAGAAAAAUGUUGUCGAUUCCUUAGACUUGACGUUUGGUUAUUUAUCGCUGUAGAUGAGAGGUGGUUUAUUUAUACGUGUGUGUACGCGUCAAGUUUAGUGACAGCAAAUGUCGAGGAGCAUAAUAAAAACAUUUCAAGUGUUAUCUUUGGUGUCCGAU